CGGGGCGGGGACCUCCUGCCCGGCCUCCGGACUCGGCCCAGCCUUUGACCCUCGAUCCCCCGCCGCCCCCUGCAGGCGGCGACCCGGGAACCGCCACCCCGGCCUCAGCUCGCUCCUUUCGGCCCCAAACCCCGAGCGGAGCGCAGCGGACCGGCGCCGGCGGCAUGGCGGUGUCCUGGAAGAGCUGGCUAGCCAACGAAGGGGUUAAACACCUCUGCCUGCUCAUUUGGCUGUCCCUAAAUGUCCUGCUUUUCUGGAAAACCUUCCUGCUGUACAAUCAAGGGCCAGAAUACUACUAUAUCCACCAGAUGUUGGGCCUAGGAUUGUGUCUAAGCAGAGCCUCUGCAUCUGUCCUGAACCUCAACUGCAGCCUUAUCCUUUUACCCAUGUGCCGGAUGCUCCUGGCUUACCUUCGAGGAUCACAAAAGGUUCCAAGCAGGAGAACGAGAAGAUUAUUGGACAAAAGCAAGACAUUCCACAUCACCUGUGGCAUAGCCAUCUGUAUUUUCUCUGGUGUACAUGUGGCUGCCCAUUUGGUGAAUGCCCUCAACUUCUCAGUGAACUACAGCGAGAACUUCCUGGAACUGAAUGCAGCGAGAUACCAGAAUGAGGAUCCUAGAAAACUUCUUUUCACAACUGUUCCAGGUCUGACAGGUGUAUGCAUGGUUGUGGUUUUAUUCCUCAUGGUUACAGCAUCUACCUAUGCAAUAAGAGUUUCUAAUUAUGAUAUCUUCUGGUAUACUCACAACCUCUUCUUUGUUUUCUACAUGCUGCUGCUGUUACAUGUUUCAGGUGGGUUGUUGAAGUAUCAAACCAAUUUAGACACUCACCCUCCUGGCUGCAUCAGUCUUAACCAGACCCCGUCUCAGGAUAUUUCCUUCCAAGAUUAUGUCUCAGAACAUGUUCAUGGAUCUUCUGAAAGAUUUUCAAAACUAGAAGAUUAUAACCAGAAAACACUUGUGAAGAUUUGCCUGGAAGAGCCCAAGUUCCAAGCUCAUUUUCCACAGACUUGGAUUUGGAUUUCUGGACCUUUGUGCCUAUACUGUGCUGAGAGGCUUUACCGAUGCCUCCGGAGCAACAAACCCGUCACCAUCAUCUCAGUAAUCAGUCAUCCUUCAGAUGUCAUGGAACUCCGAAUGGUCAAAGAAAACUUUAAAGCAAGACCUGGCCAGUAUAUUAUUCUACAUUGUCCCAGUGUAUCAGCAUUAGAAAACCACCCAUUUACUCUCACAAUGUGUCCUACUGAAACCAAAGCAACAUUUGGUGUCCACUUUAAAGUAGUAGGAGACUGGACAGAACGAUUCCGAGAUUUACUACUGCCUCCAUCAAGCCAAGACUCUGAGAUUCUGCCCUUCAUUCAAUCUAGAAAUUACCCCAAGUUGUACGUUGAUGGUCCAUUUGGAAGCCCAUUUGAGGAGUCACUGAACUAUGAAGUUAGCUUCUGCGUGGCUGGAGGCAUUGGGGUCACUCCAUUUGCAUCAAUACUAAACACUCUGCUGGAUGACUGGAAACCAUACAAGCUAAGAAGACUGUACUUUAUCUGGGUAUGCAGAGACAUCCAGUCAUUCCAGUGGUUUGCAGAUUUGCUCUGUAUGUUGCAUAAUAAGUUUUGGCAAGAAAACAGACCUGACUAUGUGAACAUCCAGCUGUACCUCAGUCAAACAGAUGGGAUGCAGAAGAUAAUUGGAGAAAAAUAUCACACUCUGAAUUCUAGACUUUUUAUUGGACGUCCUCGGUGGAGGCUUUUGUUUGAUGAAAUAGCAAAAUGUAACAGAGGGAAAACAGUUGGAGUUUUCUGCUGUGGACCCAGUUCGAUUUCCAAGACUCUUCAUAAUUUGAGUAACCGGUACAACUCAUAUGGGACGAAAUUUGAAUACAAUAAAGAAUCCUUCAGCUAAAGCCUUGGGGGACUAAUCUUUUGAGGACUCUAAAGAAGGAACACGUGCAAUUUCUAAGACUUGGAAACUCAGCUGAAUCAAACAGCUGUGCUAUGCCAAAGACUAUCAAGGUUUUGUUAUUUAUGAUUAUUUAACAUGUGUAUUCAGAGAAUGUGGAGAAAUGACAUGUUUAAUCUGGAAUCCAAAGAGGCCCUGAAGAAUAUUUGAUGUGGUGAUUCACGUUUUGAUGGGCAAAUUAAAAGAAUGCUGUUAGACGCACACUGUUGAUUUUAAUGGGAAAUUCAGGAACUCUCUAGCGAGGAGCUGAACUCACUCUGAAUCUGAUAGCCACAGUCCUUUCUAAAUUGUUUUUGGUUGAACAGAUUCAAGACUGAACAAAAUUAAAAAUUCAUUGAAACUCAGACUCCAUUUUCUACGUUGUGCAUAAGUGGAACAGCUUUAAUUUGGAAAGGCUCCAGGCUAACACUAGGAGUUUGAAAAUGCAGCACAAAACUUGGUAUCAACACGGGUACUCCUUGUCCACUGCUUCACUGCUGACUGAUCCCUCCGUGGUGUUGAUAGUCUAAAUGCUCGCCAGCCUUCUGCCCAUGCUGAUGUACAUUUUUAUUUUUUUGUUUCUUUUCCUCUGUCUAGGGAAACCUGCUCUCACUCAGCCAGCCUUCAACACAAUGAUUUAACCAAACUGUUUUGACAUCCGUUUGCUCAGUUUAGUACUGUUGCAUAGUUUUGAAAACGGUAAAGGGCAACCUCCUAAAGUCCUUUGUUUAGAUUAUGCUUAGACACCAAAGAGCGUUGUAUCUUGAUAUGAAAACAAAACCUCAAGAUCUCUCUCCUUUGUCUCACUUUGGUUUCAGAUAGAGAUGCCCAAAUCACAUUUCUGAAGAGGGUCCCUCACUUUGGUUUAUCCAAGAGUGAAACUACUUCAGUAUUUAUCCAAAUUUAAAUUUAGAAUCACUAACAUUAUUUUUGCACUGUUUGAUUUCAUGACGAGUUACUAGAUUUAAGUUCCUUGUUCAUGUGAUCCAAUCAGUGUAUGACCUCUCAUUGUUUAAUAUUCCUGAAUCAGAAGACAAAUCUACUUUACUUCCUUAAUAAUUAAGAUAUUCAUGCAAUUUAUCAAUUUAACUUGGUAGAUAGCUAUUAUUGCUAUCAAAUAUAACACAUUGCUGAAAUCAGUACCUUGCCUUAUUCUUGUUAAUAUUCUGUAUAUCACAUAACAAUGAUAAAUGCUGUUAUUUGGCUUUUAUAUGAUUUUACCACUAACAGACAAGCAUACUAAAAAAUUUAGCACCAAAUGACCAUGUGUAUAUUUAGUUACACGUAUUUUUUCCUCUCUUGGAACAGUUUCUUAUCCCUUCUAUGGGCAAUGUGCAAUGCGCUUGUAGAUUGAGCUAUGAAAAAAAGUAUAUAUAUAUAUAUAUAUAUAUAUAUAUAUAUAUACACACACACAUUGGCAAGUUUGCAAUGCUGUCUACAUUAGGAAGGAUUUUCACAAAACACAUAUCAUAAAGAAUUUAUAUAAAGAAACUUGAGCUUUUCCAGGCUCAGUGUGCAAUACUGACUUUUUACUGAUCAUAACUUAUACAUGUGAUGAUGUGAAUUCACCAGAUUUCAAUAAUUCAGGCCAACGAGUUUUUAAAAGAAAUGAUUUUUCACAGCUUGUCUACUAUGUCUGAUGAACCUCCUUGCCUAAUCUAAAUUCCAGUGCAGUGCAUGUUCAAAGACCUAUAUGUUAAACCUAGUUUAUUUUGAACAGGAAUAAAUUAAAGCUUUAUCACAUAUAUAGAAGACGGUUUCAUUUGUUUUGACAGAUUCUUUCUAUGGUGAUGGUUACUGUUGUGUAAGCCUUAAAUCACUAAUUUUGAUGGUAAUAAAUAUUAAAACUGAAA